AUGAGUCGUCCCGCUAGUCUCAAUCCAUAUGACAAGAUUAUCGACAGUCUCGCUGGCAACCCGACUCGAAUACAAGCUCUUUUUGAAGAGGAAAGAAAUGACAGGAAUAAUGAGGCUAAGGAGAAGCUCCUUGGCGAGGAAUUCCAAGGUGUCAACGUAGAUGAGAUCCUCGUCAAUACCUUGAAAAACCCCAAAUACCAAGACCCGAGGAACUGCUUGUGCAUCUGGGCGAGACCGAGCUUCCAAGUCAAAGAUAUCGCGUUGCAAUGCCAAUUAAUGUUAAAGAGGCUGAGUCCAAAUCUCUGGUUGACGCCGCAAGACUGUCUGCACAUGACUGUCAUUGUAGUGGCACUCUCUAUUACUCCAAAAGAGCUCGUGGACAAGACUAUAAAAUUUAAACCCUGCCUCAAAAAGCUUGCCAGCAUAUUUCAUGGGCAGCAAAUCCGGCUUGUGAAGCCCAAACUAUCCUUCAACGAAGGGGGAGUAGCACUUUCGUUUGUACCCGCCGCCGACGAGGAAACGCAAGACAGCCGAACAAAGACUACAGACUACACAUAUCUCCAUCUUCGACGCGACAUUUUUGCUCUGUGUAGUGAGAAAGGAGUAGAUGCAGAGACUCAGAAAGGUGCCACGGCCUGUCAUAUCACGUUGGCCAGGUUUAUCACACAGGAAGAUCAUAGCAGAAACGGGAAUCCCAGCCAGGAGGCAAUGGCUUUUUGGGUGACGGGAAUCGAAGAAAUCAAUGAAAUGCUGGCGCAAAAGUACUGGCCCCACGAGGGAUCUGUACCGCCGGAUUCAGGAAGUUGGGUUAUUGAUGGCCGGCGGAGCCUCGACAUUCGUGCAGGAACCAUCUGGUACGGGGGAGGACAAUCAUUAGACUUGGAGUCGGAGCCGUAA